ACACCUUCUUAUUGGACUAGCGCUUACACGAGGAAGGGGGUUACACUGGAGAAGAGAUGCGCUCCGAGGUGCACAUGACAGGAGCUGUAUAGCACGCAGGGGGUCUUCAGGAGCGAUCUGCACACACAUCCCAUAGCGAAGCGCUAUACAGGAGUGAGCGCAAGUGAGUGGGAGUGAGAAGAAGUAUGGAUUGAGGUGGGCCAAGCCUGAAGCUGACAGCACUGCUCCAAAGCCACGGGAAGGAUGCCCGAGAAAGGAUGUGCAGUAGUCGGAAGAUCGUGUGCAGUCUGCUGGUGCUGUCCGUGCUGCAGGUGGGGCUCGGAGCGGCCAGCAUCGCGCUCGGGGCCGUGGCCAUCAGCAGAGCGCGGAACGACCACAAGACGCAGCAGGGUCAUGCGUCCCCGGUGUGGAGCGGGGUGUGUUUCCUCGUCUGUGGGCUGUGUGGGAUGCUGUGUGCAAGAAAAAGGACUGGGCUGGUUAUGAUCCUUUUCUCAGCGUGUUGCAUUUGCGGUCUGAUUGGAGGAAUCCUGAACUUUCAGUUUGUGCGAGCGCUGGUGAAGCGUCCUGACGCGGUACGUUCUCUGCACAUGGCUGCAAUGUCUCUGGCCUGCCUGGGGGUCAGCAGCUGCACCCUGUCCACAUGGCUGACCUGCCGGCUGGCCAGCAGUGAGCAGCAACGCAUGUUCCUGGAACGCGAGCACUCGCUGCAUCACUCGCAUGAGAUGGCUGAGAAGGUAGAGGAAGAACGGAGGAAAGGAGAGCACAGUCCGGGCGUUUCCCAGUGUUUCAGUGAAGUAAUGGAUAACUCCAGCAAUGGCAUCCCACAAAUCACAUACAACGGUCGGGGCGCAUCACUGUGACAUGCUAGUGUGUGUGUGUCCCUUUGAUGACUUUGAACUCUCUGUAGGAAUGGCGCUACGGGGCUGAUGGCCAUCUGUAGGACAUUUCCUGCACACAGCAAGCCAUCGGAUACAUUAUGCUACUGUGGCAAGGGAGAGAUCAUCUCUGCAGACUGAGCACCAAUCAGCAUUCAGGGACAGGAUGCUUCAGGAGGGUUCAUUAUUGAGUACAGAGCAUUUUAUCAGUGAGCACAGAAUAUGCAUGCAACUUUUACUCCAUUUCUCUCCCAUAUUAUCCCUUUUUCUUCCUUUUAUGCAUUCCUCCUGCAUCUCUACAUUAUCCCUACUGAUUAUGGGUUAUGGGAAUGAUCUCGGAAUCUGUCUCAAAAAUUUGUCAUGUACGGCAUAAUGAAUGCUCGGACCUCGAAUAUACAAAAUGCACAAUGUAUACAAAAUGCUUGUAUAAGAGAUUAAUUUAUUGAUUACGAGUAUUUUUAUAUAGAGGCUUCAUAUAAAAAUGAAAUUAAA